CUGUGACAUGAAUGACUUCCAUAAAUCCAGGCCCGAGGCUCCUGGCGAGUUCUUCCAGUCACUACGCACCAGUACUAAAAUGCCGUUCCAACGAGAUGCUAUGGCAGACACCACACGAGUCCUCGCAGCAUCGAUUGUUCUCCCUAUCAUUUGUUAUGUGCUCUUCGAAUUGCGCAUGGGUAAUCGCAGCUCAAAAGGCAUUCCGUUACCUCCUGGACCACCUGGCUUGCCCUUAUUGGAAAUGCGCAUCAAAUGCUGGGCAAAAACAUGGUGACCGUCAUCGAUCGAUGGGCUAAUGAGUAUGGUCCUCUGGUUCACAUAAGAUUGUUC